AUGGCAGCCAAGAAGAAGGAGCCAGUCUCCAUCAUUAGCCUUCGGAAGUUGAGCCUGACUGUCCCAGAGCCCCAACCGAAAGAGACAAAAACAUUCACCGUGGAGGAUGCUGUGGAGACCAUUGGCUUUGGGCGGUUCCACAUCGCUUUGUUUCUUAUCAUGGGAAGCACCGGGAUUGCAGAGGCCAUGGAGAUCAUGCUGAUAGCGGUGGUGUCCCCUGUCAUCCGUUGUGAAUGGCGGCUGGAGAAUUGGCAGGUGGCUCUGGUAACUACGAUGGUGUUUUUCGGCUACAUGGUUUUCAGCAUUUUCUUUGGCCUCCUGGCGGACAGAUAUGGUCGCUGGAAGAUUUUGUUCAUCUCGUUUGUAUGGGGAGCCUACUUCUCCUUGCUGACCUCUUUCUCACCCUCGUACAUCUGGUUUGUCUUCCUGCGGACAAUGGUGGGCUGUGGUGUGUCUGGCCACUCACAAGGGCUAAUUAUAAAGACUGAAUUUUUGCCGACAAAGUAUCGAGGCUAUAUGCUGCCCUUGUCUCAGCUGUUCUGGCUCACCGGCUCUCUGCUCAUCAUUGGCCUGGCUUCUGUGGUCAUCCCCACCAUCGGCUGGCGCUGGCUCGUCCGCAUUGCCUCCAUCCCCGGCAUCAUACUCAUCAUGGCCUUCAAGUUCAUUCCUGAGUCGGCCCGCUUCAAUGUGUCCACCGGGAACACCCAGGCUGCCCUGGCCACGCUGGAACACAUCGCCAGGACCAACCGCUCGGUCAUGCCGGAGGGGAAGCUGGUGGAGCCCAUCCUGAACAAAAGAGGAAGAUUUGCAGACCUCCUGAAUCCCAAAUAUUUGCGGACCACGCUGCAGAUCUGGAUCAUAUGGCUGGGCAUCUCCUUCGCCUACUAUGGGGUCAUCCUGGCCAGCACUGAACUUCUGGAAAGGGACUUGGUGUGCGGUUCUCGGUCUGAGUCUGAGGUGGUGACCGUGACUAUGGGGGAUUCGGAGGAGAGCCGUAGCCCCUGCUACUGUCACAUGUUAGCCCCCUCCGGCUACCACACCAUGAUCAUCAGCACCAUUGGCGAGAUCAUGUUGAAUCCUCUGAAUAUCCUGGGCAUCAACUUCCUGGGGAGACGGCUGAGCCUGUCCAUCACCUUGGGGUGCACUGCCCUGUUCUUCCUGCUCCUCAACAUCUGCACAUCAAGCACCGGCCUCAUCGGUUUCCUCUUCAUGCUGAGGGCCCUGGUGGCUGCCAACUUCUGCACCAUCUACAUUUACACAGCUGAGGUCUACCCCACCACCAUGCGUGCCUUGGGAAUGGGGACCAGUGGCUCCCUGUGCCGCAUCGGUGCCAUGGUGGCCCCAUUUAUAUCUCAGGUCCUCAUGAGCGCCUCGAUCCUGGGAGCCCUGUGUCUGUUCUCGUCCGUCUGCGUGGUCUGCGCCAUUUCUGCAUUUACCCUCCCUAUUGAAACCAAAGGACGGGCCCUGCAGGGAUGA